GGGACGGGGAGCGGUGGGCAGGGAAGGGGUGCGGGGAGGAGCCCUGAUGUCAGAGUGCUAACGAGCGGCUCCCCGGCCCAGCCCCCCGCCCCGGAACCCGGGCCCGGCGACGGCGCGCCUUGUGUGGUAACGCGCUCCGCCGAGGCCACGCUAUUUAAACGCGGGCUAUGGAUCCGGGAACCCCUGCGAAUCAAUGAGAUCACACGCGAAGGAGAUGCACCGUCAAUUACAAACACUUGGACAAGUCUUUUUUUUUUUUUUUUUCUUUUGCAAAUAGCCUUUCAAAGGCAACCUUAGCAACGCCCAAAUAAGAAGCCACCUCUAAGCAAAACAGCAUAUGCAUAAAGGAAGGGCGAAUAUAUAUUUAUAAUAGUAUACAGGUAUAUUACAGACGCACAGGUUUACACUUGGUGAACUUUUUCUUCUUCUUUUUUAUGCUAGUGACAUUGCAGAGGAUUCUUACUGUCUUUCGGCGUUAGCGAAAGGGGCAUUUUCUUAGAGUGCCCAAGGGGGCGCAGGGACCUCAGGCAGGAGAGUGGGGAGGAAGGCGGCAGGGUGCGUGGGGGCAGAGGGCCAGCGGGCGGAGAGGGCGGCGAGGGUCGCGGCACCAUGCCGUCCCCGUUGCUGGCGCUCACUUUCUCCGCGCACGUCCUGCUCGGCUGGGCGCUGCUGGCCGGCGGCACGGGCGGCGGGGGCGCGGGCCGGGGCGGCGGGCGCCGGGAGAGAGAGGCGCUGCCGCCCCAGGAGAUCGAGGUGCUGGUGCUGCUGCCCCAGGACGACUCUUACUUGUUUUCGCUGGCCCGCGUGCGGCCGGCCAUCGAGUACGCGCUCCGCAGCGUGGAGGGCAAUGGAACCGGCCGGAGGCUUCUGCCGCCGGGCACUCGCUUCCAGGUGGCCUACGAGGACUCGGACUGCGGCAAUCGCGCGCUCUUCAGCCUGGUGGACCGCGUGGCGGCGGCGCGGGGCACCAAGCCCGACCUCAUCCUGGGGCCGGUGUGCGAGUACGCAGCGGCGCCGGUGGCCCGGCUGGCGUCGCACUGGGAUCUGCCCAUGCUGUCGGCGGGAGCCCUGGCCGCCGGCUUCCGGCACAAGGACGCCGAGUUCUCGCACCUUACGCGCGUGGCGCCUGCCUACGCCAAGAUGGGCGAGAUGAUGCUCGCCCUGUUCCGCCACCACCAAUGGAGCCGCGCCGCGCUGGUCUACACCGACGACAAGCUGGAGCGCAACUGCUACUUCACCCUUGAGGGGGUCCACGGGGUUUUCCAGGAGGAGGGUCUGCACACGUCCACCUACAGUUUCGACGACACCAAAGAGUUGGACCUGGAGGACAUCGUGCGUUACAUGCAGGCCAGUGAGAGAGUGGUGAUCAUGUGUGCCAGUGGGGACACCAUCCGGAGCAUCAUGCUGGCAGCACACAGACAUGGCAUGACCAGUGGAGACUAUGCCUUCUUCAACAUCGAACUCUUCAACAGCUCUUCCUAUGGAGAUGGCUCAUGGAAGAGAGGAGACAAACAUGACUUUGAAGCUAAGCAAGCAUACUCAUCCCUCCAAACAGUCACUCUACUGAGGACCGUGAAACCUGAGUUUGAGAAGUUUUCCAUGGAAGUGAAAAGUUCUGCCGAGAAACAAGGGCUCAAUGAGGAGGAUUACGUGAACAUGUUUGUUGAAGGAUUCCAUGAUGCCAUCGUCCUCUAUGUCCUGGCUUUACAUGAAGUUCUUAGAGCUGGUUACAGCAAGAAGGAUGGAGGGAAGAUUAUCCAGCGUACUUGGAACAGGACAUUUGAAGGUAUUGCUGGGCAGGUAUCCAUAGAUGCCAAUGGAGACCGAUAUGGGGACUUCUCUGUGAUUGCUAUGACGGACACAGAAGCAGGCACCCAGGAGGUUAUUGGUGAUUACUUCGGAAAAGAGGGUCAUUUUGAAAUGCGACCAAAUGUCAAAUAUCCUUGGGGCCCUUUGAAAUUGCGAAUAGAUGAAACCAGAAUUGUGGAGCACACCAACAGUUCUCCCUGCAAAUCACCAGGUGGCCUAGAAGAAUCAGCAGUGACAGGAAUUGUUGUGGGGGCCUUACUAGGAGCUGGUUUGCUAAUGGCCUUCUACUUUUUCAGGAAGAAAUACAGAAUAACCAUUGAGAGGAGAAACCAGCAAGAAGAAAGUAAUAUUGGAAAACAUCGGGAGUUACGGGAAGAUUCCAUCAGAUCUCAUUUUUCUGUGGCUUAAAAGAAGGGUUUUUUAAUUUUCCUGUUUGAGAUUCCUUAAGGAGAUAGUGGGAUAAAAGUCACCAAUGGAACAGAAGGGGAGUGAUUGAAGAAUUCAUUCUUUAAAGCAGUCAUUUCAUUUUAAUAUUUCUUUAGAAGCUCAGGAACUAUUAUUAAUCACCAUCUGCCUCCCGGCCUUUCAUCGCAUGACAAACAAAUAUAGGAUAUAAUGUUAUUGUGUUCAACAUUUGUAGUGCUUGAGGGUAUAUAUUUAGAUUUAUGUUUAAAAAAUCUGAUGCCUCCAUAUCUUUGUGGCUUUUGGGGGCAUCUCACACAUGGAUAUAAAAAGUGUGGUUUUCAAAAAUGAAAUGUUUUGUAGUCAGAAUAAAAUCAUUUUAACAAGUAGAAUAUUCUUGGAAGGAAUUUAACACCCAAUAAGAGGAAAAUGUUAAGAAAAAUCCCAGUAUUUGAAAUUAGCAUUGCCGUCUGAAGCUGGUGGGCAAGUCUGUGGUUGGGGAGUGCUCUGUUCAGCAUCUGCACUCAGGUCUGAGUUCAGAUCUCAAGAAAGGAUCCUCCCUGUGUUCUCUUUUUCAGGGUCUCUGGAAAGAUGUAAAUAUUAGUGAGGUAGGAGGAUUUAUGUAAGAAAAGCAGGCUGAAAUAUUUUUGUUUUUGGUGUAAAAAUAAGCCCUACUUCAUACUAAUGUUUUAGUUUUAAGUAUUUUAAUCUUGUAUUUUGGUAUUAGAAAAAUGUGUCUAUUUUUUCAUUUUGAAGAUUAAAUUUCACUUAUAUUUUAAAAGCAUGGAUAAAGUGUACAAUGAACAAAUAAUGAUGAGAGAUGCUUCUGUUUUUCUCCUUGUUUCCCUCUUCCCCUUGGUUGUAGCCAAACACCAAUUGCUGCUUUAAUUACAGAGAUCUAUCAAUGUGGUGUUCAGAUUAUAAACUCUACAGGAUUACAUCGAUUUAAACUGUUUUUGCAUUUUUAACUGUUUUAAAUGCAAAUUACUUUAGGUUUCUAGCCCUUCCAAUUCUGGUCAAAUGAUGAGUCUCCAGAUGGGAAAUGAAAAGUUAUUAGAAUUAUGCAGAGUUUUAUGAAGGGAGGUAGCUUGUUUUCCUCAAAAACAACUUAAUAGUGAGAAUUUGACAGUAGGCACAGAAAUGAUAAAUUUAAGACAUGCAUACAUGAUGUUCACCAGAAUUCACAGUGAUGGUUUUGGUUAAAGGAGGGAAUCUAAAUUUCUACUAUAUCCCCCUUCAUUCAACUCCACAGAGCUUUGUAGUCACCGGCCAGUUGCCUGUGUUAACGGUGGGUUUGAUGUGUACGUCAGGAAUUUGGAUGAAAUUGGAUAAGUGUUUACUGUAUGUCUACUUUGCACCCAGUACUGUGCACAGAGGUUUAAACUUAGGUUGUCACUUUUGCUUAACAUUUGUGGAGAAAAUAGACAGUGAGGGAAGGAUGGGAGUCUGUCCCAUGAGUGUAUCAUUUUAGGCCACGAGGUUCUUUUCUCAAUAAAUUUUCAGCAGUAAGAUAGCUUUAAAAAAUCAUCCUCACAUCUUAAAAGGUCAUAAAUAGGGAGGAAAACUGGAUGUUUGAGCAAUUCCUUGGCAGUGAUGGUCAUAGUUCUGUGGAGGUAAGUCGAGUGCAUGCAGCAUGUCCUGGGCCUUGGCCUUGCUUGCUUCCCUGGAGAGGAUUGCAUCUGUUACUCUUGCUUUAGCCCCAGUGAACAGAUUAUUUGUAUGUGAGAUUUGUUUCCUGCCUGUUUAGAAAGUGGAAUGCAGGCCUCUGGGAGGGCAUGGUAAAAUAAUUAGCUAUGAUCAACAGAAACAACUAUCUUUUAGUUUGCCCAUUUUGUUUGCCAAGGAAAAUCAUGCAGAAUUAAAAAAAAAUGAUGGAAAAAAGAAGACAAGGAAGGCAAACUCCAGAAGUUAUGAUAUAGGAGAGAGUUUCAGAAGUAAAAUCUAGGAAAACAAAGUAUUUGAUGGCUUGGGACUCCCCCAAAUGAAAAAACAGUGGGAAGGAUUGCUUCCAUCUUAGUUAUGUGAAUCAGAGAGCUUAUUUCUCUCUCAUUUUUAUUUUUCCAUGAUGCUUUCUAUAUAUUUUUGAGAUAUGAACUCUUCAUUAUCUUGUGCUGAUAAAGAGUUGCAUUUAAAACCCAUGUGCUUUUUAUGUGGGGGAAAAACCUUUUUCCUGAUUGUAGUCUUUUGGUAUAAACAUUUCUGACCUUUCUAGAAUUUACACAGUAGCUCAUUAAUGCCAACAUUUUUAGAGCAAGUAUCUUUUAUUUCUAUGUUAUAUAGAGAAAUAGUUAUAAAUUUAAUAUUCUAUCCCUAGAUAAGGUUUUAAAGUAAGAGAGAAUUUAGUCCUUAAAAAUGGCAGGACAAAUCAUGAGUUCUUUGGCAUGUGGAUGUCGUUUUCUUCUAAUUUUAAAGCAAUUUCUAGUGUUCUUAAGAUUAAUUGCUUAUUUACAUUUUUACUGUCUCUUUUUUCCCUGGAAACCUUUAUGUGGGUUACCAGUACUCUGUUUAGUUUUGAAAACACUAUUAAGUUGGAAAUUUUUUGCUAGAAAUGUAGAUGUUUGGCCUAAGGUUGUCCUGGAUUAAGAUUUCAAGAUUAUAUUUUCAGAUUUAAGUUCCUAAUUGCUAAGCAACAUCUUUGACAAGUGUUCAUUCAUACUCUCCCAGUAGCCACAUAGUAAGGUAAAUAGGGUGUUAGUUCUUAAAUCAUGCUAUAAAUUUUCACCCUGAAAACCAGGGUGUUCAGAUUUCAAAGGGGAUAUUUUAUCAGUAUUUUCUCAGUUAGACAUUUGCUCACAUUGAUAUAGGUCAAAAUAAGCAUAUAAUUUUUGGUGUUGGAAAUAAGUAUAGGAUUUAUUACUAUAUUAGAUUUUGGGAGGUGGGGAGGAACCCCCAAAUAAAAUCUUUUCCGCAUAAUAACUGGUAUCGGGAAAGAUCUCUCCCCACAAUGUAACCACAGGUUUUAUGAGGAAUCCCCCGUAAACACUGCAUUUCUCUGAAGAACCAUCGACUUGUCUUUUUCUGGAUCACAGUUAUGAUUCCUCAGGCCUUAGAAUAGUUCUUUACAUCUCAGAAGCCAUAUUUAAUGGAGGGAGGCGAGAACAUGUAGAAAGAGAACAAAUACCUUCUUUUCUCCUCUCCCUGAGGUUCAGACCUUUGCUUUGGAACACCAUGUCACUUCUCCCUGUGCACAGGCUUCCAGGGCCAUUUACUUACUCAAGGCACAUGUGCUUUCUUUGCCCCUAACUUGCCACCUUUCUUUUGGUUGGGACCGAUUUUGAGUGCUGUGAAAAUCAAGGCCAUUGUAGACCUCAGACAAACUGCAAUGGAUUUGGAAGUAGGUUCCCGGGGCAUUGCCACCUUAUUGUAAAUGAACAUAUGUUGGCUAUUUGUCAAAGUCUCUUUAGGAGACCAACAGAGUAUUAUACUAUUGGUAUUAAAGGAGUGUUUAUAAACUCUAAGGAACAAGUGCCUAUGUUUCUUGGGACACAAAGAACUCACAUCCCGAAUGGAUACAGUCAUAAAGGCAAACGCCAACCAAAAUUAGUCCCCUUGAUCUAUGUGUCAUGGGUUUUGUUUAGUUACACCCUGUGGUUCAGGGAUUCAUAGGAAGUUGGUAAUGAGUUGAAUUUCUUGUUCAGUGGAAAAAACUGAAACUGUCUAAAAACACAGGAUAUGUUUUAGGGGCAGUGUGGAAGCAGCGAGAAUGAAAUGGUGGCGUUCAGAGGGACCAGUUUUUUUUUUCCAGUUGGUCUUUAGAACUAAAUAAUAAUAGUAAUAACUUAGUCCCUCUUCAACAUCUAGAUUCAGCAAGAAGCUUGGAGCAUGCCCGUAAGGAGAAUCUUUUGAUCCUCCAAAAGAAAUGGGGAAGAGUAACUUUGCAGGUACCCCAUCCCCACCGACCAGCCACCACGACUCCAAAGGUGCAUCAGCAUCUUGCCAGUGCAGGUAGGAACUUGUGAAUAGGUUUGCAUAACUCCUCAGAGGGAAAAUAGGUAAAAUAGUGAUGGUUAUAAGAAGGAGGCUGAUUUUAAUCAGAGCUCUGACAGUAACUUGACCACACAUGCCCUGGGAACAGUUCAAAUCUGUGAUAUGCAUCUUCUCCAACAAGCCUGGCUUUGGUUUUCAGCACACGGAUUUCACAAAUGUCUCUUGCUGGCAUACCCCACAGCUAGAGUGCAGGAUUAAAAUAACUUUCAAAAGGUGCUGGGUUGGAGUUUGUUCAAAUUUCUUUUUUUCAAUUAAUUUUGUUGGUACAUUUUAGAUAUAUGUAAUGAUCAUAUCCAUCAUAGGGAAUCUGUACCAGUACAGAAUACAUCCUGAUUCUUCUUUCAGAUUUUUCAUUAACCACUAAUGUUAAUUCAUACCAAAGGCAAAGCAAUCUAAACCAGGUGAUGCUGUUGUUGUUCAUGUUUUAAGCUACUUCAAAUACAAUGAAAGGUUUCACUGGGAGCUGAGACUGCAAGUAAAAAAUCCGUAUGUUAUUAUAACUCUUUGAUGUAUCAGGUGUGGGGUGAUUCUUCAUGGAAUUUUCUGAACAAGUAGAUUAAAAGAGUUAGCAAAAAUGUUGCCUUGCUGUGAUUCAGAGGUUUAAAGGCCUAGAUUUCUCUACAUAAGGAACAAAGGGCCACUUACCAAAUGUAAAUGAUAACAUAAGCUACCAGUUUGUUGUUGUUGCUGUUACCAAAAUAAUUAUUAUUGGACAAAAAAAAGAAAGAAUUUGGAUUUUGAAAUGGGUUGUCUUAUUUAUUCUUCAGUGUCAAGAUCUGAAAAUGUUCCAUGUCAUGUAUCCUACGAGACAGCAAUGAAAUGCCCCUCAACAGCACAAAGAGGCUGUGAAUUUGUAUUGGGUCCUGGGAAUGGGAGCUUUGUUUCCUGUGCAUAAUUGAAACCAACAGGACAUGGGAUAGACAUCGUGUGCUUGUCUUCUGGGCCAUAUUAUUCAUUGUUAAUUUAAAUAUAGGACUACCAAGCCAUACAAACUUAACAUGAGUCUGGUAGAAAAGUAAAAGUAAAAGCUGCACAGGCCACAUACAGUUUAUUAUUCUAAUGUAAGUAGAACUAUCUGGAUAUAAUGUGAUUUAAUUUAUUGUUGUUUUGUGUAGAAAUUGAGUUAAUGACUGUGGAUAUAACCCCUGUUUUGUAUAAUAUAUUUUAUUUCUGGUGCAAACUGGUCAUUUAAAAUAUCUACUUUAUUUGGUGUUUAGAAUAAAUGUGUAUGUGUUCUUAUAAAUGUUCCCAUUAAGCAAGAAUGCCACAUACGCUAACAAUGUGUUCUCAUUAAAAAAUACAUCCCACAGAAA